AUGACGUCGGCAAACCCGUUCAUCUCGUUCAGCGAGGUGACCGACGGCAGGGGCAAGAAGGAGCACAAGCAGACAUUCGAUGAACUCUACGGAGAGCCGGAGAACUUUUUGGAAAUCGAGGUGAAGAACCCCAUCACGCACGGCAGCAAGUCGUCCAACAUGUAUACGGAUUACGAGAUAGUGUGUAGGACCAACAUCCCGGCGUUUAAGAAGAAGUUUUCCAAGGUGAGAAGGAGGUACAGCGACUUCUACUCCUUCCGCAGCAUUCUCGAGAACGAGACGUCGAGAGUGGUGAUCCCCAAGUUGCCGGACAAGUCCAUCUUCAGCUACUCGAACCGCUUCAGCCCCGAGUUCAUCGAGGAGCGGCGCCACGGCUUGGAGCACUUCAUCAACGUGGUGGCGAGCCACCCGCUCCUACAGACGGGCAGCCGAAGUAUGAUUUGCUUCAUCCAGGACGACGUGUGGGACAAGACGAGGUUCAUCUCGGCCUGA